AUCGCUAGCGCCUAUCGUGCAAGGCACGUAAACAAAUUGGAAAAGUGAAUGCAAUUUUUGCAAUGCCUAUGGAAAACAACAUCAAAAUACUGCCCAAAUCGGUGGUAUGUGAGGAGAGCACACUGCGCGGUGACAUCACCUUCUCCGCUGGUUGUGUCGUCCAUCCCAGUGCAACAAUCAUCGCCGACGCUGGUCCGAUAAUCAUUGGCGAGAAUUGUAUUGUGGAGGAGUACGCGACGAUAGCGCAUCGCCUGGCCGAUGGUGCCAGUUGGGAUGCAAGCAAUAUUCUCAGCAUUGGUAGUCACAACGUUUUCGAGGUUGGCUGCAAUGUGGAAGCUUCACGGAUAGGCGAUCGGAAUGUGUUCGAAAGCAAAUGCUUUGUGGGCAGGGGUGUAACGGUGUCCGGUGGCUGUGUGAUUGGAGCUGGCAUACAGAUGCGCACCGUCCAAGUGCUGCCCGAGAAUACGAUUGUGUAUGGGCAGCAAGCACUGCAACGCGAGGCCAUCGAGAAGCAGGGCUCACAAACGCUGCAAAUUGACUUCUUGCGCAAGGUGCUGCCCAAUUAUCAUCAUCUGCGCAAACCCAACUACGAUCCCAAGAAGGCGCGCAGCGUUGUCUAGAAUUGGAUAAGUCUAUAUAUUUAUAUACAUAUAUAUUGUAACUGGUAUCAUUAAUUACUGCCCACAGCGGUGGCAUUAAAGCUAUUCAUCUCUGUCUCAAA